AUGGAACACUUCGUCACCCCACUUCCUUCAGCCGAAAGCGAAGCGAACAGGGUCGAGUAUCAACCCACCAACAUCGAAGCCGAGGCCAACAAGCAGCGCAGGAAAGUCCAGAACCGAAAGAACCAAAGGGCGCAUCUGCGCGACAAUCUCAUCAGGCAUGAGGGACUCUUCGAUCCCUGGGAGCUAUUGCAGGAUCUCAUUGGCGAGCUCAUGGGUGCUACGCCGAUCCAAGAGCGACGAGGUAUGCCUCUUGCUAUCAAGGUUUCUGACCCUAAGGUUGUGUCAAAACCGCCGACCGCAGUAGUAGCACGUGAUGAGGAUGAGGUUACUGCGGGUCGCAAGGGACUCGUUGUUUGGGGUGAGCCGCACGACAUGAAGAGUUGGGAGGCUACCCCUGGCUUUCUGGCUAAGUGGUCAUGGGCCGUACAGGGAUGCGACGAUUUGCUUGUAUCUAGUAACCGCUGGAGGUUGAUGAGGGGAGAGGAACCUUUGCGUCUUCCUUUGAUGGAAGAUUAG